GCGCGGUUCCCGUCACUAGCACGCGCGGUGGCGGCGGCGGGAAGAUGGCGGCGUCCGGUGGCGGUGGUGGCGCUGGUGGCGGCGGCUUCGGCGCGGGCCCGGGCCCCGAGCGCCCGAACAGCAUGGCCGACAAGAACGGGGCCCUCAAGUGUACCUUCUCGGCCCCGGGCCACAGCACCAGCCUCCUGCAGGGCCUCUCUGCCCUCCGCGCCCAGGGCCAACUCCUGGAUGUUGUGCUCACCAUCAACCGAGAGACCUUUCACGCGCACAAGGUGGUCCUGGCCGCCUGCAGCGACUACUUCAGGGCCAUGUUCACGGGCGGCAUGAGGGAGACGAGCCAGGACGUUAUUGAGCUGAAGGGCGUGUCGGCCCGCGGCCUGCGGCACAUCAUCGACUUCGCCUACAGUGCCGAGGUGACACUGGACCUGGACUGUGUGCAGGACGUGCUGGGUGCAGCCGUGUUCCUGCAGAUGCUGCCCGUGGUGGAGCUGUGUGAGGAGUUCCUCAAGGCCGCCAUGAGCGUGGAGACCUGCCUCAACAUUGGCCACAUGGCCACCACCUUCAGCCUGGCCUCGCUCAAGGAAUCGGUGGACACCUUCACCUUCCGGCACUUCCUGCAGAUUGCUGAGGAGGAGGACUUCCUGCACCUGCCACUGGAGCGCCUCGUCUUCUUCCUGAAGAGCAACCGGCUGCAGAGCUGCGCCGAGAUUGACCUGUUCCGUGUGGCCGUCCGCUGGCUGCAGCACGACCCCGCCCGGCGGCUGCGCGCCAGCCACGUGCUCUGCCACAUCCGCUUCCCGCUCAUGCGGUCCUCAGACCUGGUGGACAGCGUGCAGACGCUGGACAUCAUGGUGGAGGACGUGCUGUGCCGCCAGUACCUGCUGGAGGCCUUCAACUACCAGGUGCUCCCCUUCCGGCAGCAUGAGAUGCAGUCGCCACGCACAGCCGUGCGCUCGGACGUGCCCUCGCUGGUUGCCUUUGGCGGCACGCCCUACACCGACAGCGACCGCUCGGUCAGCAGCAAGGUGUACCAGCUGCCCGAGCCGGGGGCCCGCCACUUCCGUGAGCUGACGGAGAUGGAGGUGGGCUGCAGCCACACGUGCGUGGCCGUGCUGGACAACUUCGUGUAUGUGGCCGGGGGUCAGCACCUGCAGUACCGCAGUGGCGAGGGCGCCGUGGACUCCUGCUACCGCUACGACCCCCACCUGAACCGCUGGCUGCGCCUGCAGGCCAUGCAGGAGAGCCGAAUCCAGUUCCAGUUGAAUGUGCUGUGCGGCAUGGUAUACGCCACGGGCGGCCGCAACCGGGCCGGCAGCCUGGCCUCAGUUGAGAGGUACUGCCCGCGGCGCAACGAGUGGGGCUAUGCCUGCUCACUGAAGCGCCGCACAUGGGGCCAUGCGGGUGCCUCGUCUGGGGGCCGCCUCUACAUCUCGGGCGGCUACGGCAUUUCGGUGGAGGACAAGAAGGCCCUGCAUUGCUACGACCCCGAGACCGACCAGUGGGAGUUCAAGGCUCCCAUGAGCGAGCCCCGAGUGCUCCACGCCAUGGUGGGCGCCGGCGGCCGCAUCUACGCCCUUGGCGGCCGCAUGGACCACGUUGACCGCUGCUUCGACGUGCUGGCCGUGGAGUACUACGUGCCCGAGACGGACCAGUGGACCAGUGUAAGCCCCAUGCGGGCCGGACAGUCAGAGGCCGGCUGCUGCCUGCUGGACAGGAAGAUCUACAUCGUUGGAGGCUACAACUGGCGUCUCAACAAUGUGACAGGCAUCGUGCAGGUGUACAACACUGAGACGGACGAGUGGGAGCGUGACCUGCACUUCCCGGAGUCCUUUGCGGGCAUCGCCUGUGCCCCUGUCCUGCUGCCCCGGGCCAGGACCAGGAGGUAGCUCCCCGGACCCCGGUUCCUGGCCUGGCCACCUGCUGUUUCUGCGAGGGGCUUGGCGGGUGCACGUCUGGGCGGGGAACUUCGAAUCCCCACCCCCGCGGGCUGGUCUCGCAUAAGGCACCCUCCUCACCCCCCUUCCUUCCUGAAGCAGAUUCUGGCUCUGUGCCCGGUGGGGGAGGCUGCCAGCAACAAGGCUGAUGUGGCAGCAAACUCGCACCCAAGGCGGUUUUCUCACCCACCUUGAGUUCUCGCUGGAUGGCUGGCGGGCGGGAAUCGGGGUCUCCUUUGGGGCGUUGUGGUGUGGCUUUGCCCCACUUCUCUCCCCUCCCCCUGCCCAGAGGUCUGAGAUAUUCAGAUGCAAACUCGUUCACAGUUGAUCCCCAAAUUCCCCCCAACCCCCAUGAGUUGCAUGCGUCCUUUUUAAAAUAAACACACCCCAGAUCUCUGUAACAUACGGACCUCCAGGAGCAGGAGAAGCGGCUGGCAAGUACCUGGCUUGGGUUGGCCAGAAGGGCAUGUUUCUGCCUCCCCAAGAAGCCUGAGCUGCUGGGCAGGAGGGAGCCGGCACUCAUUUCCAUUCCUGGCCUGGGUCUUAGCACCUUCACGGUGUUCUAUCAUCUGCUUUCAGGAGGAAGAAAAACACAGCCAGCUCCCAGAGACGGUCCUUACGGGCAUCAGGCCUUCCCCUUUGGCCCUGGGUGAUGUGUGGGGCCUUAGUAAGCACAGGCUGGCUCUCCUCCUCCCUGUCCCUGUCCUGUGAAUGAAAGGGGACGCCUGCUUCAGAAUCUCACAGUGCGUCUGCUUUCCACAGGCCUGUCCCGAGCUUUUUAUUUCUCCCCCUCUUUCCAGCCCUCUGCUCCCCCCAACCCUGUGUUCAGGUUGACAUGCCGCAGGGCCUGUGCCCACCCUGCGUGGGAAGUCAGGCGGGCCGUGAGGCCUCUGCCUUCAAGGGCUUUGCGGCAUCUCCAGCCACAUUUGUUUUGUUGUCUAAACCUCAAAACCAUUUUUUUUGUUGUUGUUCUCUUUUGCUUUUUUUUUAAGAGGCCAGCACCACUGUCUUAUAAAUGAGAUUUGUCCCCUCGGGGCAACUUAAAGUGUCUCUUCUGCUGCUAAUGGACGAUUGAUGUCGUGUCUCUGUGACCCACUCGCCAUGUAAAGAAUUAACCUCAUACCUUAGCAGACGUCGUCUCCUAAUAUUUUCCUUUUAUUUAAUAAAAAUGUUAUGGUAAAAAGAUGGAGUGGGCCCAGUGCUGAGCUUGUGGGGCUUGAUGGGUCGCAGAUUCCUCAUGUCCUUGCAUGUUUGGGGGCUCCUCUCCCCCCUCGCCCUUUUCCAGCAUUGCAGAGGAGCUGGAAGUGGGGCCGGCCUUUGGCUCAGAGGCCUGGGGGCAGCGGGAAAGGAGGCUAAGGACUUCCUUCCACCCGGCGCCCGCAAGACAGAGGGCAACCAGCCGGGGCAAGGCAGCCUUCAAGAGACUCUUUCCAGGUGGUUCCUUGCGCCUGGUGACCCGGCCCCCUGCCAUCAGCCAGCCCCACAGCCCCUGGCAGGUUCUGUCUCCAUCUGCUCAGUCCUGGGACUCCAGGUUGGGAAGCUGGGGAGCCCCCCUCCCCAGAGGCUGUGAUGGGGGAGAAGCAGGGCAGGUCCUAAGGGAAGCAUGAAGCCACUGUGCUUCCCUGUGGGCCCAAGAGCUCCUCAAAUUGCCCCUGGCCCCUGCUCUUGUGGCAGGCCUCUGUGCGAACCCGGCUGCAAAUUGGUGGAGAAUGCAGUAUUCUGACAGCCUUCUGAAAGGGCAGGCUUCCGGGAUCACCCUCAAAACAUACCCACAGGCCUGGUGCUCCUGUGCAGCGGCCGUCAGGGCCCGGGGUGAGGCUGGGUGUGUGUAUGGGGGUGCGGGGUGGAAAUAGGAACUUGGUUGGGAACCAAUAAGGAGCCCACACUGCCAGGGGCAUAGAAGUGAAAAAACAGUAACCCUCAGGGACUUACUGGAACAUUCUAGCCCUUUCUCAUCACCCCCAACCUGAGCUCCCCCAAAGAGAACCCUUCCCUGCUGGAGGCACAGCCCCUUCGGGGGGGCAGGGAGAAGCCUUUGCCAGCUGCAAGUCCCCCCAGAUCAGCUCACACCUCAGAACAUCUUGUCCCCAACGAGCUGGCAGGGGCGCCGGCGCGGAG